CUUGAUAGAGUCUGACAUUAGUUCGUUUUGAUUUCCAAGUCCAGCACGAUGGACUCCCUCAAGUCGCUCGGGCAGCGAUCGCCCUUCAAGCGCACGCAAACCUCCGAUCAUAUCAAGACUGACUCAAAAGCCUACGGCGUCGAGUCCGAAGCCGUUGAAGUUGACCUGCCUCGCUACCCGGCCGAAGAUGUCGAACGCCGCGCUUCUGUGGCUUCGUACAACAUUUCCGGAAUCCAUGAUGAUACCCAUCGCAAGCUCAAGCCGAGACACAUCCAGUUGAUCGGUAUCGGAGGCACCAUUGGAACGGCACUUUACGUCCAGAUUGGCAGGGGUUUGCUCAAUGGUGGGCCAGGAAGUCUGUUCCUGGCUUUCACGUUUUGGUGCUCAGUUGUUCUCGCGGUGACUUUGUGUUUGGCGGAGAUGGUCACCUAUCUGCCAAUCUCCAGUCCUUUCAUUCGUUUCGCCGGACGGUACGUCGAUGAGGCUUUUGGAUUUGCUGCUGGAUGGAACUUCUUCGUCUUCGAGGCCAUUCUGGUGCCAUUCGAAAUCACCGCUUGCAACGUGAUCAUUGGAUACUGGUCCACCGCAGUGCCUGUCAGCGCCAUCAUUGCCAUCAUCAUCGUCCUCUACGGCUUGAUCAACCUGGUCAACGUCAAAUGGUAUGGCGAAGUCGAAUUCUGGGCCGCCCUGGGCAAAGUCCUCCUCAUCAUCGGCCUGAUCAUAUUCACCUUCGUCGUCAUGCUCGGAGGCAACCCUCUGGGCGACCGCUUCGGUUUCCGCUACUGGAACAACCCCGGCGCAUUCAAAGCCUGGGGUGGCUACGAAGGCGGCCUCGGAAAAUGGCUCGGCUUCCUGCAGUGCCUCAUCCAGGCCUCCUUCGUCAUUGCCGGCCCGGACUACGUCUCCAUGUCCGCCGGUGAGGCCGAGAACCCUCGUGUUGUCAUGCCCAAGGCUUUCAACGCUGUGUUCUACCGAUUGACGACUUUCUUCUGUCUCGGUGCACUCUGCGUUGGCAUUCUCGUUCCCUGCAACGAUCCGGAACUCACCGGCGCGUUCGAGAACGGUCUUCCCGGUGCAGCGGCCUCGCCCUACGUCGUGGCCAUGAACCGCCUGCGCAUUGGUGUCCUACCGCACAUCGUCAACGCUCUGGUCCUCGCCUCCGCAUUCUCCGCCGGCAACAGUUACAUGUACUGUGCGUCUCGGUCCCUCUUUGGCCUGGCCCUCGAAGGAAAAGCGCCCAAGAUCUUCACCAGGACCAAUCGCAUCGGUGUGCCGUACAACUGUGUCAUCGCCGUUCUGCUGAUUUGCUUGCUCGCUUUCUUGAGUGUCUCCUCUGGUUCCGCCAAAGUGCUGGGCUGGUUUGUCAGUCUGAUCACUGCGUCGCAGUUGCUCAACUUUGCCGUCAUGUGCUUCACGUACUUGUGUUGGUUCAAGGCUCUCAAGGCGCAGGGAAUUUCGAGGGAUUCGUUGCCGUACAAGUCGUUCUUCAUGCCGUGGGUCGCAUACUAUGGACUGGCGUGGACGUUCACCAUGAUGUUCGUUGGUGGAUACACAGUCUUCUUGCCUGGACGCUGGGACGUGGAGACCUUUGUCUUCUCCUACUUCAUGAUUGGCCUGGUGCCCUGCCUGUUCGUUGGCUGGAAGAUUGCUAAGAAGACGAAAUGGUACCACCCAAACGAAGUGGAUCUUCAGGGCGAGGCCAAGGAGAUCGACGAGUAUACUCGCAACUUUGUACCGACUCCGUACAAGAACAUUGGCGACAAGAUCUUCAACAAGAUGUUUGGUGGUUGA